AUGUCGCCUCCUCACAAGAAACGGAGAAUUACCUCGGACGAGGUCCAGGAUGUUGCUGCACAGUUUGAUUUCGAAAUUUCUGUCCGGGAAAGGAUUCGGCAAGUCACUGCGCAAAGGAUUCAAUGGGCUCAAGCGUUACUGAAUGAAAUUCCUGAUUCAUGUGACGCAGACAGUGCGCCAACCGUAUACAAGAAUAUCGCUCUGGGCGCAUGGGACGCCGUGAACUGUCCCACUUUUGUCCUUCUGGACAGAGUGAUUCCCCCAAGCCCAAUUCAGCAUGCUGCCCUUCCCGAUCCCGCUCUGGGUGCUCCUCGGGUUCGGAAGCAGAAGUUUUUGUAUAUCAAGCCCUCUGAGGCUGGCGAAGCUGGUCUACUUAUCUUGAAGUGCCCUGCAUGCCUUCGUACAUCAUUUACAUCGUUACAAGGCCUGCUAAACCAUGCACGUCUGGCACACAAGAUUGAAUGGGGGACGCAUGAUGAUUGCAUCAGUGCUUGUGCAGUCGUAAACGACCAAGAAGACCUCGUGGUAGAAGAUGGCCUCGAGGUUGGAGGCACUCUAUCCGUUCUACCGAGUUUGCAGCGUUUGUUCCAGAGUGCUCUUCGUGGUCAAGUCGCUCCACAGGACAUCCUACCUGCCGGUGCUACCACUACUCCCACACUGGAGGACAGAACCGCCGAAAGCAACCAGAAUGUUUCCCAUCAAGACUCGGUCUCGACACACAUAUCCAGGACCCUUGGAUUCCAUGCUGAGACGCCUGCACUAGCACCUUUCUUAGGCAAGACCGCGACUCGGCGGGGGAUCAAGGCAUGGAAUGAGCUUGAAGACAUCGAUGUCUACGGCGGGAUACAAUCCCCGAAGAAGACCCACAGAACUGGCCGUGUUCUUACUGCACGCAACAAAGCUUCGUUGGUUGAGGACGCGGACUCUACCGCGAGCCCUCCUACAGAUCGUACCCCGCCUUCUGAGGUUGGGCCUGCACCUGCCGGAGUCAAUGUCAAACAAGACGACCUUUUCUCCGGACUAGAUCCCUUACGAAUUCAAUCAAGCCGUUUCUAUUUCUCCACCCGUAUAAUCAUCACUGACAGGAGUUGGUAUCAGCCUCCACAACGUCGAGGCAAGAGCAAACAUACUCACAAAUGGAUGAUAUCUGUGGAAGCUCCCUCAUAUAGCAUCAACAUUACCUCUAUCUUGAAAACCCUCCGCGUAUCGUUAGCUGACCAUCAGCCCCUUGACGACAACGCUCCCGAAAUCUCGUCGCUCGGUUGCUCAAAUCCACCGUAUGUCGUUGUUGGUUGGACCUCCCAGCCUUUCCUGGCCAACGUGGAGCUCGAGUUCAACGAUGCUGGAGAUGGUUCAAGUAAAGGACAAACUAUCACUUUCGAACAUUGGGUCGAGCUCGACCAAUUAGGCGUCUCUCAUCCCGUGAUGGGCGCUGAACAAGUCGUCGAUGUUGAGCUCGAAAAGAGGAUGCGGGUGCUACCUCCAAGAAAGGAUGUCGUCAGUAUAAACAACAAAUCACUAUGGGCUACAGAUUCCGCAAAAGUGGAAACGGACAACUCCAAAAUGUCGCUUGGAGAACAGACGAAGAAGGAUACAUCCGAUAUUGAUAAACUGCUGAAUGACUUGGUGUCUAAGUUCCCCAUGACUCACAAAGACAUCAAGUCUCGGGGACGUGUAAAUCUUUCUCAACUGCCAUACAUGCUGGUCCUAUCUCCUAAUCAAUUCAAGGCACUGAAUCUAGGGCGACGAAAGGCCAUCGAGUGGGGGCGUGCAAGGGCUAUCCGGGACGCUUACAACCAGGACGUGCACACGAAACGCCCAGGAGACCCGCGCUUUAAGCUACUGAAGACGGUCGAUGUAUUCGACUGGCUCGAGAGCAAAUGUCUUUUCAUUCGUGCCAGACCCCCUCCUCCCGUCACUCAAACUAAAAUGAUCGGGGGCGAGGCUCUCGAUGCCUGGUGUGGGUACUGCGGCUUGCGACUUGACGACGAUGUCUCUGUGCAUGCUUCUGGGUCGUGUAUCUUCACUGGAGCGGCGACACAGCCCGUUUCCCUGAAUUCAAUUCCCCCACUCGACAGCCUUUCCAUACUUCGAAACCCCACGACUAGCGUCGCGCCGGCUAUCGUUCCCACUGCGUCACUUUCAUCGCCACACUUCAAGCCUCGCUCUCUAGUUGCGAUUGCUGAUCCUAAGCUAACAAUCGGUGUCAUGAACACCGUAUCCCUACUCAAGUUACCCACUUUGCAGACUCCCCAUAACCAAGGGCCUUUCCCCCUUGAUAGAUUGGGUAACACUGUUAGCGCGGUUGAUGCUCAGCUCGCCCCAUACGCUACCAUCGGCCUCGCUUUACGGUCACUCAUAAAGGUUCUCGUUGGCAGCGCCUUGGAUGUCGCAAAGGAGGACAAGCACAAUAGGGAACAAUCCUCUGGGAUUGUUGCGAGCCGGAGAGUUUUAACGGCAAGCCACUUAAUGCGAGGGAUUGCGCGCGGUCAACAGGAGAGCAGCACCCUCGAGGCAAAGCUGUUGUAUUUAAGCCUUGCGACCAUGAGAAUUGAUGUACAUGAAUGA